CUGGCGCUGCCGGCGGCCGGGUGCCAAGGCAGCAGAUGGCCCGGGAGGCACCGGCUGGCUCGCCUCCUCACAUCUGUCUUGGGUUUUCUCGUUGCCGCGGCCACUUCCUGCUUGGAGUAAUCCAACUUGAUGCACUUUGGAAACUAAAGCCUGACUUUUGUUCUGCUUAUGGCGCCCCCACGGAGGACCCCGCGCUGCUCUUCCCGGAACUAGACCAGCAGCUGCAGCCGCUGCCGCCCCGACAUGACUCCCUGGAGUCCAUGCAGGUCUUCCAGCAGCACUGCCAGAUCGCCGAGGAGUACCACGAGGUCCGCAAGGAGAUCGCGCUGCUCGAGGAGCGGAAGAAGGAGCUCCUUGCCAAGCUGGCGCAGGCGGAGGAGGAGAAGGGGGAUGCCGCCCAGCUGGCCCGCGAGUUCGAGGCGCUGACGGAGGAGAACCGCACCUUGAAGCUGGCUCAGUCCCAGUGCGUGGAGCAGCUGGAGAAACUCCGCAUCCAGUACCAGAAGCGGCAGGGCUCGUCCUAGCGCAGGUCCUCCCCC